AUGGGGGACCGACCUGAACCACCAGUUCUACAUCGCGGUGGCUUCCAGCUGUGCGGUGGCCAGAUCACGGUGGAGGGCAUCAAUCGCGUCGAAGGCUCCAAGUUAAACCAUUUGCUGAAUCCCGAUCCCGGGAAAUACACGUCCAAAGAAGAUCGAGAUGCUUUUAAUGAGGAGAUUAUAUGGUUGCGCAACCAACCGAAAGGAUUCUACGCCGCCCAGUUAAGAUUUUACGGUAUCAAGUUCUUGGAGUCAGACGUAGAGUCUAUGCUCCAGACUUUACUGAGUGACGCUGCAAAGAAGGGUAAAUGUAAUCGAAUGCCGAGACCAAUCGUUUGCCUACAUAGCACCAUGCGUCGAGACUAUAAACGUCUGCGGCAGGCAUGGGAAAGAGAGGUUGAGGCCUGGGAUACUUCAGGGAUGCUAGCACCAAAAGCACAGCAGCGUGGCUUACCCGCAAACAAAAAAGGCGCUGCUCUCAAGAACAAACCGGCACCCCCGUUCGACAUCGGGCAAUGCAAGGGGUCCUACGUGAUGAAAUGCAAUGCAGUGAUGCAUGGUUUUGAUGUUUCACCCAAACAGCCGCUUACCCUGAACAUAACCGUCGGCAAAGAUGGCCUGCUCAUUGCUGCGUAUGAUUUUGGGAUGAUUGAGGGUACAAUGAUUCUAAGUCUAUCGGAAGAGAAAUUAGACUCCGUGGUGGAACUCGAUUCAGCCCCAGAAGAUCGGGAAGAAGACUCUGACGAAUACCCCGACUAUUCUUCGGAUGACGAGGAACAUCGACCAGGGCAAAAGACUUUGAAAGAAACAGCAGCGUUGAAGAAACGAGCCGCAGGUAGCUUAAGUGGCCAAAGACUCGCGAAAAGAUCAAAGAGAAUGACACCUUCACUUUCUCGCCGGGUGUAUUACAGGCUCCGAGGACGCGAAACGGGAGAAGGCGAAAUCCUGUACGAAACCUCGUCAGGCCACCUCGAUUUUCUCGAUGCGGAGGGUAAGCAGUUUGCCGGUCUGGCUUAUGAGUUCCCCUACAUUGGAAAGAAUGUCGAGUUUAGGGGCUCUAAGGUAUCGGACGUGCCACUCAAAAAGCCUGAACCAUGGGGCAGUUUCUCCGAACAAGCUUAUGAAUAUGCUAAUGUUGCAAGGUGGCACUGA